CUUUGCGUCGUUCAGCUGUGUGAGCCAGCGGACCUACAUGAUGUGGAAGAACUAAUUAGAAGUAAGAGAGAGAGACGGAGAGAAAGAGAGCGACGAGGCAGAUACAUUAAACCAGUUGCAUCACAUGCAAGUCUGGAUUUCACUUCAGGGCUGAUACACCUUCUCCUCACUGAUGGAUCAUUAUAAAGCAAGCUGGCUGUUUUCCUGAGCUGAGAUUUAUUUGACUGGAGACGCUGGAGCAGCAGGAGUAGGAUGUUACUAGCGUCCGCUGUUGUGGUAUGGGAAUGGCUGAACGAGCACGGACGCUGGCGGCCCUACAGCCCGGCUGUCUGUCAUCACAUCGAGGCAGUCAUCCGGAGCGACCCGCGGUGUGGUAGUGUUGUCCUCGGUCAGGUGGACUCUCGCCUCUCGCCCUACAUCAUCGAUCUGCAUUCCAUGCACCAGUUCCGACAAGACACAGGUACCCUUCGACCGGUACGGCGUAGCUUCUACGACCCCACUUCAGCACCAGGCCAGGGCUGGUUGUGGGAGUGGGAGAACGACGCUGGCAGUUGGACGGCAUACGACACGGACGUGGGCAUUGCCAUCCAGGCAGCACGGGAUCGUCAGCAGCCCUGGCUGGACCUGGCGCCGCUGGGUUUCUGCUACCUCAUUGACUUCGAAAGCAUGACCCAAAUCAACGGGCAGACACAACGCUGCCGGCGCAUCCAGCGCCGAUCUGACCUGGCGUACCCGCUGGUGUCCGGGCCCUUGCCUAAGUCCCACCAUGCCUGGGGGCCCGCGUCAGUGCCCAGCAAUGCAGGACUGCUUGGUGUGGAUGUGUCUGGAGUGGGCAUGGGGCUCAGGAUGAGCAACAGUGGGACUGGAAAUGGAAGUGCAUACCCCAGUGGAGCGCUACCUGCUUCAGCCAUCACCUCUCUGGGACAGCCAUGCGCCUGUCAGCAGUGUAUGUUGGUGCUGAGUGUCAAAGCGGGCACCAUGUCAACUGCUCACACCCUAGGUCGAAGACCGCCACAGACCAAACCACCAAGUCCCAAAAUCAGCAGUCACCCUGCUCCUGGAGGCUCGUAUUCACUGACUCUCCCUCGGCCGCCUUCCCUGUCACGAUCACUGUCCCCAAACAGGACGUCUAUAGUUGGGGCAACAGGUGGCUAUAGUGUCAGUGGGAUGGGUGGUGCAGGAGGUGUGAGCAUCGUUGGUGGCAGUGGCGUUAGCAGUGCCAGCUUUGGCUUUGGUGGCGGCUUCACUCACUCUCUGUCCCUCCUCGGCUCAGCUACUGCAGCCCUCUCCAUCUCCUCCACCCGCCCCCCUCCUCCACCUCUCCCCCCACCACCGCCGCCUCCAGCACCGCUCACGUCAUCCUCAUCGGUCGCCACCUCUCCCCCUCACCCCUCCAACUCCUCAUCAGCCCCCCUCUCUGUUUCCUGUUCGGCCUCUGCAGUGUGCCCUCCGGGCCCGCCUCUCAUCUCCACAGUGGCCUCCACCUGCACGCCCUCGCCUUCGGCCCGUGUCCUGGGUCCAGUGUCUUCGUCCGGUGCAGCUGCCUGCGCGGCGCCUCUGCCACCUCGGUCCAGCCUGGCUGGGCUGAGUCGGCCUGCACUGCAGCGCAUUGCCAUGGCUCAGUCACGUGCUCUUAUUGCCUCUGGUGUGCCAACAGUUCCAGUGAAGAACCUGAAUGGAUCCAGCCCUGUGCAUCCUGCACUGGCAGGUAUUACAGGCAUCCUGAUGAGCGCAGCAGGACUCCCUGUGUGCCUGACCCGUCCGCCCAAGCUGGUGCUUCACCCGCCACCGGUCAGUAAGAGCGACAUCAAGCCCGUGCCCGGUCUGGGCCACUGCUGCCGUAAGACAACCAAGAAACAGGCCAGAAAAGGCAAGACCCCAGAGGAAGUGGUGAAGCGUUACCUGCAGAAAGUCCGUAAUCCCCCAGAAGAGGACUGCACCAUCUGUAUGGAGGCCCUGGCAGGACCGUCGGGCUACAAGGGUCCAGGCGUGGGCGGCAUCUCCCGUGCUGAGUCGGUGGGCCGCCUGGCACAGUGUGGCCACCAGUACCACCUCCAGUGCCUCGUUGCCAUGUACAACAACGGCAACAAGGACGGCAGCCUUCAGUGUCCCACCUGCAAGACCAUUUAUGGAGUCAAGACCGGCAACCAGCCCCCAGGCAAGAUGGAGUAUCAUGUCAUCCCGCACUCGCUGCCCGGCCACCCUGACUGCAAAACCAUCCGCAUCAUUUACAACAUCCCUCCUGGCAUCCAGGGGCCAGAGCACCCAAAUCCAGGCAAACCCUUCACCGCCCGUGGUUUCCCCAGACACUGCUACCUCCCUGAUAGCGAAAAGGGACGCAAGGUUCUGAGGCUGCUUCUGGUAGCGUGGGACCGCCGGCUCAUUUUCUCUGUAGGCACGUCCAGCACCACCGGCGAGUCCGACACAGUCAUCUGGAACGAGGUGCACCACAAGACAGAGUUUGGCUCAAACCUGACUGGCCAUGGGUAUCCUGACCCUGGACACUUGGACAAUGUCCUGGAGGAGCUCAAGGCUCAGGGCAUCACAGAGGAGGAGUGUCUACCCAGAGACUGAACCCAAUUCAAGACACUUAGGACAUGAGAAACCACACUGGAGUCUGUAAACACACAAUGCUGGAAAGAAACCUGGAGGUGGGAAAGGCCAUUAUUUUCAAGAUCUGACUUAACAGACAGAGAGAAACUUUUACCACCAGAGAAGGAAAAAUGGCUGAAGAAAAACAAAACUCUUCAUGGCACCUUUACAGAAAUAGUAUCAACAGGAUCCUGUGACUGCAUGAGUCAGUUUUCAAAACAGGGGGAAUCUUUUUUUUUUUUCCUUUUCACAGUAACGGUGUCAAGAUCACAGAUGUUCUUCUGUGAGACUUUUGAGGCCACUGUGCACGUUUGAGUCAACGUUAGAUGAAUAAACAACUGUCAUUUCUA